AUGAGAGCCAGUGCCAGUAGAACAGCGCUCAGACGUGGUGUUUCGGCUAUCCGCGCCACCAAAUAUACCUCGGUGGGCACUCUGCGGCUCUAUAGCGCAUCAGCUGUGAAAACUGGAACGCAGGGCGAUUCCAGACCAAGACCAGCGCCAAGCUUCGACAUGGAUCCAACGCAAAAGAGCAAAAAUAACAACAAACAUGCUGCAGAACGGGUGAAGAAAGCCGAGCAUUCCGCUUCGAAUCACGCCGGGAUGGACGAUUCUUUCAUCGGACUAAACGGUGGUCAGAUUUUCCACGAAAUGAUGCGUCGUCACAACGUCGACACCGUGUUUGGAUACCCUGGUGGUGCCAUUCUGCCGGUCUACGAUGCUAUUCACGACAGCAAAUACUUCAACUUUGUGCUCCCCAAGCAUGAACAAGGUGCAGGCCACAUGGCUGAAGGUUACGCUCGUGCCAGCGGUAAGCCAGGUAUCGUUUUGGUGACUUCAGGACCAGGUGCCACCAAUGUUGUCACUCCGAUGGCCGAUGCUUUGGUCGAUGGUACUCCUAUGGUGGUAUUCACAGGCCAAGUGGCCACCUCUGCUAUCGGUACCGAUGCUUUCCAGGAAGCCGAUGUCGUUGGUAUCUCAAGACCAUGCACCAAAUGGAACGUAAUGGUCAAGACCAUUGAUGAAUUGCCACGUCGUAUCAACGAGGCCUUCGAAAUUGCCGUCAGCGGCAGACCAGGCCCUGUGCUUGUGGAUCUACCCAAAGACGUGACUUCUGCCGUCCUCAAGAACCCAAUCCCAGUAAACACAACGCUUCCAUCCUCUGCACUAGCUCAGCUUACCAAAAGUGCUACACACGAAUUCACUGCUUCCAACAUUGAAAGGGCUGCGGACUUGAUCAACAUCGCGAAGAAGCCCGUGCUUUAUGUAGGAGGUGGUAUUUUGGGUUCUGAAAAGGGUCCCAAAUUGCUACGCGAGCUAAGUGAGCGUGCUCAAAUCCCAGUCACCACCACUCUACUCGGUCUAGGCGCUUUCGACCAGAAUGACCCUAAGUCCCUUGACAUGUUGGGUAUGCAUGGAUCCGCAUUUGCUAAUCUUUCCAUGCAGAACGCUGAUUUGAUUAUCGCUUUGGGUACCCGUUUCGAUGACCGUGUCACCGGUAGUGUGCCCAAGUUCGCCCCGGAAGCCCGCAAAGCAGCUCUUGAAAACAGAGGUGGUAUUAUCCACUUUGAAAUUUCACCAAAAAACAUCAACAAGGUCGUCGAAGCGCAAGUCGCUGUAGAGGGUGAUGUCAGCGACAAUCUAGAGACCCUACUUCCAUUGAUCAACACCGUAGAAUCGCGCAAGGAAUGGCUGGACAAGAUCGAAAGCUGGAAGAGAGAAUUCCCGUACGAUUACCAAAGAGAAAGCACCGGUUCUAGAAUCAAACCUCAAACCGUUAUUGGUAAGCUUUCGGACAUCGCAAAUGCUGAUAAGAGGGAGGUCAUUGUUACCACAGGUAUUGGCCAACAUCAAAUGUGGGCCGCUCAGCAUUGGACUUGGACACAGCCUCGCAGUUUCAUCACCUCCGGUGGCCUGGGUACUAUGGGUUAUGGUUUGCCCGCUGCCAUUGGCGCCCAAGUUGCCAAGCCUGAUGCUUUGGUUAUCGAUAUUGAUGGUGACGCUUCUUUCAACAUGACUCUAAUGGAACUCAGCAGUGCUGUUCAGGCAAACACUCCAGUGAAAAUCAUGGUAUUGAACAACGAAGAGCAAGGUAUGGUUACACAAUGGCAAUCGUUGUUUUACGAGCACCGUUACUCGCACACUCACCAAUUGAACCCUGAUUUCAUGAAGCUAGCUGAUGCUAUGGGCCUAAAGGGAUUGAGACUCGAAAAGCAAGAAGAUAUGGAAUCCACACUUCGCGAGUUCGUGAAUCACGAUGGUCCUGUGCUUUUGGAGGUAAUCGUGGAGAAGAAAGUACCCGUUUUACCUAUGGUUCCCGCUGGUAAGGGUCUCGAUGAAUUUAUCAACUUUGACGCUGAAACCGAGAGAAAGCAGAACGAGCUUCGUCGUCAACGUACAGGUGGUAAGCACUGA